AUGGCGAGUUCGUCUAGUAGUCCUCUUGCAGGACAACUUAUACAACUUCGAAAUGAAGCCUCCCAUCCUGACUCUCACUACCGCCUCUCGAAUCUCCUCUCCUCCCAAGCCGGUCCUUGGCCAGCUUAUAACUUGAUUCUCACAUUCCAGGACAUUUAUAAGGCUCUUCCUGAACAUCUGAAGGCCAAUAAUGAUGACUCUAUUCGCAAUUUGCGUACACAAGUCAAAAGAGCCAUUCCCAGUAUUGGCGAUUUAAUAGGGACAGAAUCCCGAGCAGGCUUGAUCGAUGCUACCACAGAACGACAUCUGACACAUGCUGCUAUCCGAAAAUUUGUGCAAAACUUCCAUAUCCGUGUUGGCCUCUCCUGUAAUAGGAAGCCUCGCGUCGCUGUUAUUCUUCCAAAUGGUCCUCUCAUGGCAAUUGCUGUUCUAUCAUUUGCGAAUAGAUACACCAUGGUGCCGAUGGCAUCCAACACAGUACCAGAGCAACUACAUAUGGAUAUUGAACAAGUCCAAGCAGAUGCCAUAGUCGCUUUAGAUAGUGACAUCGGAAAAUUGCGUCUUGCUGAAUGCAAUCGACCUACAUUCGGUGUCGAGCAACUGGAAGACAUGACUUUCCGAGUUGUUUCAGAACAACAUACUUCCGGUGGCUCUGACCUUCCAGCCAACACCAGUGAUGAUAUUGCUAUCAUUCUUUUCACCAGUGGUACCAGUGGUAACAAGAAGCUGGUUCCCAUCACAACAUACAAUCUUGUCUCUGGUACCAUGGCUACCAUGGAGUCGGUGGAGUUGACAAAAACCGACACUUGUUUGAAUAUGAUGCCAUUGAAUCAUGUUGGUGGCAUAAUUCGGAGUAUUUUCUCCCCUCUUCUCGCCGGUGGUGCUACAAUCUGCUGUCCCUCUUUUGACCCCAGCAUGUUCUGGGACGCCGUGGAAAGCCCCCACAUGACCCCCACAUGGUAUUAUGCGACGCCUACCAUGCAUCAAAUGAUUCUUGGUGAAGCAAAUCACCGUCCAGAUGCCGUGAAACAAAGUGUUAUCCAGUUCAUCUGCAAUGCUGGCGCUGGUCUUCCCCCGUCGCUCGCGAUGCAGUUGCGUGAAAUGUUCCACUGCGUUAUCCUCCCAAGUUACGGCAUGACUGAAUGUAUGCCGAUUGCCGCACCACCUAAAAACUAUACCCUGGAUCGACAUGGAACAUCAGGCCGCAUUGUUGGACCCGAUGUGGCGAUUCUGACAGAGAAUGGUGACCAUGUUGCGGAGACUGGAAUGCUAGGGCAUAUUUGCAUUCGCGGCUCCCCAGCCUUUGAGGGAUAUCUCACCCCCGAGGGGAAGAUCGACGCCAGCACAUUCAACGAGUCCGGCUGGUUCGACACUGGCGAUCUUGGAUAUCUUGACGCCGACAACUAUUUGUACAUCACCGGCCGCAGCAAAGAAGUUAUCAACCGUGGUGGUGAAAUUAUUUCCCCUGUCGAGGUGGAGGAUGCCGUGUUGACCGCGGCCAAAGAUCCCAGUUCUCCUUUGUACGGUCGCGUCACUGAGACCUUAGCCUUCUCAGUUCCUGAUGAAGUCCUUCAAGAGGUGGUUGGUGCAGUCAUCGUCACGUCCCCAGGAACCCCAAGGCCAGAUCUUCGUCAAGUACAUGAAGCACUUCACCCCAUCAUCCACCAACCAAAAUGGCCUGCUUUAUUGGUGUACAUGGAUCGUGUGCCAAAAUCAAACAACAAAAUUCAACGUAUCAAGCUCGCACAACGAUUGGCCUUGGAAGCUCUCACCCCAACCACUCCUCUGGCAGAUCGACACUAUGAGGCUACUUGCCCACCCAACGGAACUCCGCUCAGCGCGUCAAUCCCAAAGACUGCAUGUGUGAUCGACAACAAGACCAUUCACUCGGCUAUUUGCGAAAAGGCCAAUACCAAUGAGGUUCACAUUCAUAUCAGCCCUCGUGAUGGAUUCGCCCAAGCUGUCCUAUUCGGCCAGACUCCCGACGACAACAAUCUGGUGCCUGGUCAUUUCUAUGGCGAGCUGGACGGCUAUCUCAUCCCUGGUCGUAUCACGUCGCUUGAGUCUCCAAUGCCCGUGGACGCCUACGGGAACCCCGAUCAGGCUGCUAUUGAUGAUGCCAUUCGUGCGCAGAAUUCAGAUGGCACAUUAUCACCUGUACAACGUCGCGUGCGUGAGACAUUCGCUACCGCGCUUUCUUGUGCACCGGAGGAAAUUUCUGCCUCUACUGACUUUUUUGCUGCGGGCGGCGAUAGUCUCAGUGCUGGUCGGCUCGUCUCGCAGCUUCGUCGCGAGCUGGGUGUCUUCCUGGCAGGUGAUAUCCUUUUCCACCACAGCACGGUCGGUGAAGUCGAACAGAUAAUCGAUGAAGCCAUUCAAGUUAAAGCCCUGAGUGGUGACGAUGGGGAGGUUGAGCUGCCAGGUUGUGAGAAAACAUACAGCAGCACAAACCCCAUUCUGCUGCUGCUGCAUCUGAUUCCAAUCACCUUCUUUUUCCCCAUGAAGCGUGCCUUCCAGUGGCUUGUAUUCGCCUAUGUUGUGGCAACGUGCUCAACCAUCUUCCCUAUUCGCUUUGUCCUCAUUGGCCGAUUGGUUCUUAUUGUUUUGGCUGUUUUGGCCGCUCGGAUUGCUGGACAUGUUCUCCUCCCCUUGUGUGGUAUCACAUUCAAAUGGCUCGUCAUCGGUCGGUAUAAGGAAGGAAUCUCUCCCAUGUGGGGUCCUUACCACACCCGCUGGUGGUUGACCCAAAAGGCGUUACAAGUAUGCGGAAAGGGCAUGUUCAGUCAUUUUGACUGGUCUCGUGCUCUGUUCUAUCGUCUUCUAGGUGCCAAAAUUGGCAAGAACGUCUCCAUUACGAAGACAGCUAAGCUUGGUGAAUAUGAUCUGAUCGAAAUCGGAGACAAUGUCAUUUUGGAUAACUGCCAGUGUCGUCCCUUUGCUGUGGAGCGCAACACUUCCAUGCUUUUGAAGCGCAUUCAAAUUGGUAAAGACUCUUCCGUGGGCACCAAAUCCCUGAUUGCCCCAGGGGCCAUCAUUCCUAAUGGUACUUGUAUUGGACCGAACUCCUCAAGCUGGGAACUCAAGGAUGCGGAUGAGUCCAACCGCGACUUACUUACAUCUCGCAUUCCUAAGCCACACUGGAUUCUAAGCCUCUUGAUCGUUGAGCCAAUCAGAGUAGUUGUCUGGGUGGCUGCUCGUCUUACUUGGAUGGGUGGUCUUGUUCCUAUGGUUCGCCAAUUUCCUGCUCCUGCAGCCGACAUGUUCCUCGCUACGCUUGAGUGGUACACCAGCGGCCAGCGAAUUGGAUACCACAUCACCGCAAGGAUUUGUCGUGCCAUUGGUGGUCCAAUUGUGCUUUUCAUCACAGUGUUGAUUUUCAAGACCCUGUUAGACAUUUUCUGCGGUAAGCCCAAGCCUGGGCCUGCCUCUAAGCAGAGCACUCGUCAAAAAGUGCGGGCUGCUGUUCUUGCACAGAUCCUACCUUCCGGUGACAUUCAUGAGCUCACUCGACUAGUUGGUCGUCACUAUGAGCUUGUUUCAAUGGCAGUCCGUGCUUUGGGUGGAAAGGUUGGCAAGCGUGUCUACUGGCCUAGUGUAGGACCUGCUCUUCCUGAUUUUGAUCUUGUGGAGAUUGGUAACGACGUUGUGUUUGGAUCUCGCUCAACCAUUAUCACUUCAGAUGGAUAUGGCCGAGACCGUGUCGUGAUUGGUGAUGGUACCAUGGUUGGUGACCGUGUCGUCGCUUCUCCAGGUGUUACAAUUGGACGCGAUGUCAUGAUUGGGUCAGGAGCUCUACUCCGUCGUAACGGUGACUACCCGUCCAAUACUAUCUGGACCGGUAGCAAAGGUGGUGAUGCUGUACAGUUCCCAACAUCUAAUUCGACACCUAUGUCAACUGCUCCCACCGUUGUUGGAAGUAGCAAUAGCAGCACCGACGGUUUCAGUGAAGACGAGAAAUCUCCCAACAAAGUGAUGGCCGACGAGAAGCAGGCCAGCGCAACUGAGAAAGUCAGCAAAGAACAGGAUCUCGUCAAAGAUACCUGUAAGCCCUUUGGUCGCGCCUUUUAUCGCCAUGAGGCGGAUUAUUACGUUCUUCGCAUCUGGCAGAUUGUCAUCUACUCGGUUUUGUCGGUUGUUAUCACUACUGUCUACUGGCUUUGCACAGUCGUGUUCUCCCUUUUGCUCCUCCGUACUUGUCUCCAUCACAGCAGUGCGAUUGGGUUUACACAAGGUCCUUGGCGGCCGUUUGUCCUGUUCGGUAUGCUUGCUUCUAUUAUUUCGGGAGUCAGUGUUAUUCAAUCGUUCCUUGCCCUUGGUAUCGUUAUCUCCAUAAAGUGGAUGGUUAUGGGUCGCCGUAUGGAGGGCGCCCACCACUGGGAUAAGACCAGUUAUAACCAGAGAUGGCAGUUCCUUCUCUCUUGCGAGACUUUGAUCAAAGACUGCUAUGGCGGCUGUGGUCUUUUGCCUCUUAUCACCGGGUCUGCCUAUAUUUCUUGGUAUUACCGUCUCCUUGGAGCCAAUAUUGGAAAAGACUGCGCUAUCCACGCCAACGGAACACCCAAUGUCUUCUUUACUGAACCUGACCUCAUCACUCUCGGUAACCGUGUUGCCGUCGAUGAUGCUAGUGUGGUCUGCCACUUGAACUCCCGUGGCGAAUUUGAGCUGCACCCCUUAACUGUUGGAGAUCGGAGCAUCCUGCGUGCUGGUUCACGAUUGAUGUCCGGUGCUUCGAUGGGUCAGGAUGCAUGCAUUCUGGAACACACCUUGGUCUUGUCGGGUGACCAUGUUGAAGAUGGAGGUACCCUUCAGGGCUGGCCAGCUGAAGGCUUCCAAGGAAAGCGCGCUUAA